CGUAGUUUUCGUAACUAAACAAACUUAUCAAUCUUUACAUCUCAGCGCUUACCAGCGUUGUCUACAACUUCAACACUGCCAACGACAGUGAUAAAGGCGGCGCCUCGAGCAACGAGCAGCGACGUGCAAACUAUUUGCUCGCUCGCUUGACUCAAGCUUCAACAUCAUUCCAUUCGUAGUAGUACUUUCCAGCUUUGUGGCUCUCACUUCCUUCCGCUAAGCUGAUUCUGCGGUACAUUCUUUUCUUGAAUUCGCUCCUUCCAAUCAUUUCCAUUGUAACCAACAUACCAUUCAACCAUGUUCCAAUAUCACCCCGAUGUUCUGCGAAAACGACAGACGCUAGAUGGUCUCUCCGGGUCCGUGAUAGUCACUAACACUUCACCGACCGCAACUGCUCUCAUCCAAAACACUACACCGGUACCUGGUUCGGGUUCCCAGACGGGCAUUCAACUUGCCUCCUCGACACCGUCCGCAUCACCGACUUCGUCAUCAGCUUCAUCUGCUGUGACUACCUCACCCAGUUCCUCUUCUGAACAUGACAUAUCAUUAGGUACCGUCAUCGGCGCCUGCGUCGGUGCAUUUAUCCUCCUCGUACUGGUAAUCUUUUUAGCGAUCCACUGUUCAAGACGACAAAAGCCGCAGCGCCGUGGGAAGGCUUCCCCAACUUCGCAGCCCCACAGUGCUGACAACUUGUAUCGCCGGCGCUUUCAUUCACAAUCUUGGGAACGCCUCAACGAUGACAAGGUGGGCCAUCUGGAUGGGUCACCAAGGCCUCCAUCCGGGCCGAUGGAGAAGUUGGGCGCGAUGUUCCAUCGUACACCCAGCACAACCUCUGGAGAAAAGACCUCUGAGAGCCAUGGAAACCGCGAGUCUAUAGGCACGAUGCAGCACUUUGCCAGGUAUCAUCCUGGCUUGGCUGAGGAGAUGGCGUCAAAAUCUGCAGAUCUAGGUCGCACGGUUGUCACUAAACCUCUACCUGUACAGCGCUUGAUGGGUCGCCCCCAAGCUGAUGGCGUGCCAACCAUCUCAUGGGAUGGCGAUACUGUUGGUGGGGAUUCGUUCUUCUCCGUGCACUCGCGUCUGUCUGGCACCAUGUCACCUACAAUGACUAUGGUCAAGUUCACGCCACCCGCAACCGUGUCUGGGUCACAUCGCUGGGAGAGCGCAGAGGUUGGCCAUAUUGAUGCAUAUGGUUCAGAGAUGUCAGAAGCGGGAGAUUCGCGCAAUCCUUUCGCAGAUGCGGCUUCCGUCAAGAGCGGCAUCAGCCGAAGGGUCACUAACCCGUUCUUCAACGCACAGGAGAAAUCCCAGAAGCGCGCACUCCUUCCCAACGCCACAACCGAAUCCAACCCCUUUGCUGACUCAAAUGCUCCCGUUCCAAGACUUGAAGCUCGUCCAAAUAACAAUGCCACCAACAAUUCCCAUGCUAUGCAAAGUCUUAUCGCUGCACUAGACAUGUCAGCUGAGGCAGGUCUAUCCGUGUCAUCCAUGCGAUUGUCGAAUUACUCUCGUAGCUCAACAAUCAUGUCUUGUGAUGAAGUUGACGCCGUGAGCGUGACGGCCUUCCCAUAUCCCCCAACGCAAGUUCCACUCAGAUGAUCCACUUUCAAAGCAAUACAUUUUGCUUUUCAUUAAUAUGUGCAAACUUCAUUUCGCACCCAUCUUGAGUACGUAUACAUUAUUUCAUAUCUGUAUCGCGCAAUCCCACCUUCAUAUUUUUUUUUCGUGGGGGCGCUUUACGGUCCGGUAUCGACGUGCACCCCUCCCACUUUGUCACUCCUUGACCUUUCACAUCGGAACAGUUCGUCUUGCGUUUUUGCUGUUGCGUUACUAAAUCUUGUUCGUUCACUCGCUAUCCAAAAUGUUCUGAGGUAGAUUUGUUAUAUUUGUUAUAUUUAUUGUUACUACUUCACCGUCUGCGCCUUCUCG